UGCUCACAACAUUACCGGGCACUCCUUGUCACAUAACCUGCAUACACAUCAGCUCAGCCAGCACUCUGAGAGCAGGAUGCCUUCAAUGUGGCUGUGGACUCUUUCUGUGGCUGUUCUGACGGGAAACCUUUUCAGUGCUGUUGCGUAUGAGCGGACAGAGAGGAACUGCUCUCUGAUGCCACCGUAUCUUCCCAGCACAGCAGUAAAUACUACUCUCCAGCUGCAGGAGCUACGAGAGCGAAUGCUUUCCCUGAAUAUCUCUGCCUACAUCAUUCCUGGCACAGAUGCUCACCUGAGUGAGUACAUCGCCCCACAUGACGCCAGGAUGGCCUUUAUGACUGGUUUUACAGGCUCUGCAGGCACUGCUGUUGUCACUCAGACCAAGGCAGCUCUGUGGACGGACAGCCGGUACUGGGUCCAAGCUGAGAGACAGAUGGACUGCAACUGGGAGCUGGAAAAAGAUGUGUCCAUCAUGAGUGUGUCAGAGUGGCUCAUCUCACAGGUACCACCGGGAGGCAACAUCGGCUUUGAUCCUUUCCUCUUCUCCCUCAAGACCCAGGAAGGCUACGCCAUGAGUCUGGAGUCCAGCAAUCACAUCCUCAAGUCCUUUCCUGUUAACCUGGUCGACCAAGUGUGGAAGGACAGACCUCCUGUCCCACCUGACAAUCUGACCCGUCUGCCUGAUAGAGUCAUACAAAGGACAUGGCAGAUGAAGGUGGAUCAGAUACGGAGUCUGAUGACGAGCAAUCCAUACAAGCCCACAGCUCUUCUGCUCUCAGCUCUGGAUGAAACAGCCUGGCUCUUUAAUUUGCGUGGAAAUGACAUUCCUUACAAUCCCUUCUUCUACUCCUACACACUUCUAACAUUAGAUGAAAUCUGGCUGUUUGUCCACACAAACAGAGUGACUGAGGAUUUGAAGGAGUACUUGACUGCAUCCUGUACCGGACCCCUUUGUGUGCAGCUGAAAAGUUAUGGCUCUGUUCGUGAAAAUCUGAUGACCUAUGUGGCUAUGCCUGAGGCUAAAGUGUGGAUUGGAACAGAAUACACGAACUACGCACUUUAUGAGAUCAUAACACCUCAGGAGAAACUAAUGACUUCCUCCUAUUCUCCUGUGUUAACAACUAAAGCUGUAAAAGACGAGACUGAGGAACGAAUACUGAGGGAAGCUCAUGUGAGGGAUGCAGUUGCUGUUAUCCAGCUGCUGAUGUGGCUGGAGAAGGCCGUCCCACAGGGGAAUCUGACCGAGCUGAAGGCAGCAGAAUAUGUCAAUAACUGUCGCAGCAAACAAAAGGACAACAGAGGCCCGAGCUUUGAAACGAUCUCUGCAAGUGGACCAAAUGCUGCUCUUGCCCACUACAGCCCAUCAGAAGAAACCAGCAGGAGGCUGACAGUUGAUGAGAUGUACUUGGUUGAUUCCGGUGGCCAGUAUCUAGACGGGACCACUGACAUCACUCGCACGGUUCACUGGGGGACACCCACAGAUAUGCAAAAGGAGGCUUUCACUCGAGUGCUCAUGGGGAACAUUGAAAUAUCGCAAACUGUUUUUCCCUCUGGAACAAGUGGUGUGCGGAUAGAGAUGCUGGGCCGCCGGGCUCUGUGGGAGGUGGGCCUGAACUAUGGCCACGGAACCGGUCACGGGGUGGGAAACUACUUUGGAGUUCAUGAAUGGCCAGUUGGAUUUCAGAACAACAAUAUUCCCUUUAAAGCUGGCAUGUUUACAUCUAUUGAACCUGGAUAUUACAAAGAGAAUGACUUUGGCAUACGGAUUGAAGAUAUCGCCGUGACCAUACCUGUUCACACGAAGUACGGACAUAACUUCCUCACAUUUGACACUGUGUCACUGGUCCCUUAUGACAGAAAGCUUGUUGACACCUUGCUCCUCAGUUCAAAACAGCUUCAGUGGUUGAAUAAUUACUAUGAGAAAAUUCGGCAGCUACUGGGCCCUGAGCUCGACAAACAGGGGCUGCAUGAGGAGAAGGACUGGAUGCUCAGAAACACAGAGCCUUUCACCGAAGCUGGAUCCUCUGCCUCCGUCUCUUCCUCCUCCCUGACCCUCAUCGCUCUGGUCUUCGCUCUGCACAACAUUGUCUGAGGACCACAUCCUAUCACACUUCUCAACAGACUUGCACUCAAAAUUUACCAGUAUGCAGUCUCUACUGAGCAGCUACACCAGGUUCACACAGACAUUUAUAAUUUUUUAAUUUUCAAUUUAAAUUGUAAGAUAUAUUUAAUUAUUUUAAAUACUUGAGUAAAUGUAUGAUUUUGUGUUGUUCAGUGUUUAAAAAUAUAUUUUGUUUGAUUAUUGAUGUUAUAGCUUAUGAGUUUUUACACUAGGCAAUUAUGACCAGCUAAUAUAAUGGAUAUUUUAAUAAUAAAGUGUCACACUUUGAAACAA